GGCUGCUGCCGCUGGGGCUGCUGCUGUUUCCGGCCUCCGGCUCAGCUGGGUCUGACUCCUCCCUUCAUUUCACGAAAGCGGAAGGAGAGUCACUCCCUUUGUGCCCCACCUCUCAUUGGCUCCUUCGUGCCUUGGAUCCGGUGGGCAGGCACCUGGCGGGAGCCGGUUCCUGGGGGAGCGAGGGGCAUGAACCCCCCUGGGAGACAGAGCUACCAAGCUGGGCCCAGGGGAAGAAGGCCCCGGAGGCCCCGGGAGCAGGACCGGGAUGUGCAGCUGUCCAGAGCUUUGUCCUAUGCCCUGCGUCAUGGCGCAGUUAAGAUGGGGCUGCCAAUGGGCUCAGAUGGUUUUGUGCCUGUGGAUGCCCUGCUGCAGCUGCCCCAGUUCCGGGGUUUCUCUUUGGAGGACGUGUACCGAGUGGUGGAGACCAAUGAAAAGCAGCGGUUUGCCUUGCGCCCUGGGCCCCCGGGCUGCUGCUCCUCUAUUCGAGCCAACCAGGGCCACUCCCUGCAGGUGACUGACCUGGAGCUGACACCCCUGAGGACCUCCCAAGACCUGCCCCCCAUUCUGGUUCACGGGACAUACCGGCGCCACUGGCCCUCCAUCCGGCAGGAGGGUCUGUCUCGCCGUGGGAGGACCCACAUCCACCUGUCCCCCGGCCUGCCUGGGGAAUCCCAUGUGCUCAGUGGGAUGCGGCGGGACUGUGAGGUGGCUGUGUUCAUCAAUGGACCCUUGGCCCUGGCUGAGGGAAUCUUGUUCUUCCAAUCAGCUAACGGGGUUAUCUUGACUCCGGGGGAUGCUAGGGGUUUCUUGCCCCCCAAGUACUUCAAGGAAGCCCUGCAGCUGAGCUCCCCAAGGAGACCACUUUCUCUGCUUGAAGAGGAGACAGAGGGUCAGAGUGGUUGCCAGGGUGCCUGGGACAAUAGCUGAGGAAAGAACACGGGGAGUGUCCAACUGUGAAAUAUUUAUUUAUAAAAAGACAAAUAAAAACUU